AUGCGAUUUUUGGAGCAUUCAGGUUUAAAUAAACUUACAGUUUUACUUAGUAAUUUAGAUGCUGGAGAUCGUAUUUUAAAUGGUAAAUUAGAAUUGUUUACCUGCUCUGAAAAAGACCAAGACGAAAAUGAUUUAAGUGCAAGAAUAGACCGUGAAGUUUGCGUAUCUCCAGUAUGGCUUUCUAGAUCUCCUAUUGGUCCAAUACAACGUCAAGAUGUCCGUCAAUUACUAGUAAAUUUGAUUAGUACCAUGAAUCAAUGCUUCCCAGAUUAUGACUUUAGUUCCUUAACACCAGAUAAUUUACAUAAGGAAAGGAGUUUUGCAGAUGUAUAUAGUAAUAUAAAUUAUCAUAUAUCCAAUAUAGUAGAACGAGUUUAUCCAAACUUCUUGCAAGAUUUAUGGGACAAUAUUCGCGAUGCAGUAAAUAUAAAUAAUGUAUCUGUAUACUCCUAUCGUAUAACGGGAGAUGAUGAAUCAAAUCCUUUUUCUGAUGAAGGAUGUCUAUUUGCAUUUGAUUAUUUCUUUUAUGAUAAUAUGAUGCAAAGGAUUCUUUUUUUUGCAUGUACAACAAAAUGCAAGACAAUAAUAGACACAGGUGAUACUCCGCGGAAAUUUGAUACAGAUAGUGAAUAUGAAUCUGAUAAAGAUAUAGAUUAUAAUCAUGAAUAUAAUCAGGAAUAUUGUUUGGAAUCUGACAGCACAGAAUUCUAA